AUGGUAGGUUGUUUGAUGUAUCUUCUUGCCACUAGACCUGAUUUAGCAUUUUCAGUGUGCUUGGUAGCUAGGUUUAUGGAGAGGCCUACAGAGUUCCAUGUUGCAGCAGUGAAAAGAAUCCUUAGAUAUGUAAAAGGGACUGUGAGCUAUGGACUGUGGUUUGAAAAAGGAAAGAAUGAUGAGCUUAUUGGUUGGUCAGACUCAGAUUAUGCAGGAGAUCUUGAUGAUAGAAAGAGUACAUCAGGGUAUGUGUUCAUAAUUGGUUCAAAAGUUGUGUCAUGGUCAUCAAAGAAGCAACCAAUUGUAACCAUAUCCACUACUGAAGCUGAAUUCAUAGCAGCAGCCAACUGUGCCUGUCAAGCCAUCUGGUUAAGUAGGGUGCUUGAUCACAUCAGCAGCAGAAAGAAAGAGUGCAUUACCUUGUAUUGUGACAACAGUUCAACAAUCAAACUGUCAAAGAAUCCAGUGAUGCAUGGAAGGAGUAAGUACAUUGAUGUUAGGUUUCAUUUUCUCAGAGAUUUAACCAAAGAUAGAAAGAUCCAGCUGCUGCACUGCUCAUCCUUUGAGCAAACUGCAGACAUCAUGACUAAGGCUUUGUCUUUUGAGAGUUUUUGCAAAUUCAGAGACUUGCUUGGAUUGUGUAAGCUUGAAGACAUAAACUGA